UAGCUUUUACACAAUCUUUGUUAUUAAUAAAUUAUUCGUUGCUUUGUUUUAAGUCUACCUCUUCUUCUAUUUCUGGAUGAAUAUCUUUCAGAACGUGUUCAUUCAGAUUAUCAUAAUCUUGCGUUUCAUUGUUUUUCAAAUCAUCAAGAUUAUACACAAUACUCGACAUAUUCCCAAAAUCUGAAAUCCGAGAUGGCUCCUUGGAGCCAUCUCGGAUGUUCUGAUUGUUGAUUAUGGAGUAUCUUUGAGAGCCGUAGAUAGGAAGUAAGUCAGAAACUCUACUCUGAGCCUCUUGGGAAGCCUCCCAGUGGCACUUAUACUCUUCUACUUGCUUCUGAAGUUUUUCGACUAGUCUUACAAGCUUCUCAUUGGUAAAUUCCUUACUGUCUAUUUCACUUGUGAGUCUUAUAAUUUUCUUCUUCUGAGCUCCGAUCUUUCUUUGCAAAUCAAUAUUUUCUUCCUGAAUUGUCCCUAUUUGGGUCUCAAGUUUCUUCUGAUAUUCUUCAGGGAAGGAAUCAGCAAGAAUCUUAUAUUUCUUUAGAUCGAUGAACCUCUCAGUCUUUAUCGUGUGAUCUUGAGUGAGGUCAAAGCCAUCUGCAAAUUCUCUUGGGUUAUUGAAAUACCUGAAAAAUUUAGUGUUUUUAGAUUUUAAUUGGGAGAAGUCAAGUUUUGGGAUGCUAAUAUUACUGUUCUCCCUCGUAUCCUGUGUGUAUCCAACAGACUCGCCUCUAUCACACUUAGGUUCAGAGCUGAGGGUUUUAGUGUAUCUUUCUAGCUCCUCAAUUUUGUCAUAUGACUCUUUAAGCUGCUUCUUGAGUAUUGAGUUUUCUUCUACAACAGAGGUGAUCCUCUUCUUGUUAAGAUUAGGAUUAACUUUAAUUAGCAUCAGUUGUUCUUUAAGGAAGGGAUCAUUUCUUCCUAAAGUUCGAAGGAACCUUUCUAUGUCAACUAAUCUUUGUUCUAGAAAUUGGAGGUUGUACUCCUUUCUCUCGUUUUGGUCGAUAAGUCUAGAAAUCUCCAUCUCGUGGUCGAUCUGGAUCUCCUUGAUCUUCGAGUCUUGCUCGUUGUUGAGUUGCUUACAGAGUAAGAUCUCGUCUUUCAGGGCUGUACGGUCUUUGACAAGUCUAUUGUUCCUGAUGAACAAUGAUUCAUUCUCUUCCUUCAUUAAUUUCAAAGUUUUGGUAGUAUUUUCAGGGUCAAGCAGAGAAUUUAUGAUGUUUUUAUUGAUUUUAAGUGUUGUUUCAAGAUCUAGUAAGUCAGAUUGGAGGUCCUUUAUUUCCUUCUUGAGGUAAUCAACCUUGAUGAGGUUCCGAUCGAGUCUAGCAUCGCCCCCACGGUUGGUAUA